UCGAAUCGGUAUAGAGCCGCAGAAAAUGGCUGCCAUCGUACAGUGAAAAUUUCAUUGUUCAGUUUUAUGGCAGUUACAGGACACUAAAGAAAUAAUUUCACCAAAAAAUCUAAUUCAAUGUAAAUUAAAGACACCAAAGACUCACCAUGUGUGUUUCAUGGCAACAGAGUAAUAAUUUGUUAUCUUACGUUUCAAACACAUUAUUUUCUGUAGAUUAAUUUUAAGUAAAAUAAUGGGCCUAUUUUUAGUAAUUUAAUUUUACUAUUUUGAUUUUUAUUUGGUCUAGUUUAUACUACUACUUGUAUUACUACUACUAAUUAAUUUAGGUAAAAUUGCUUGAACAAAAUAUGUUCAGUUAAGGCUAAGGCUUGAAAUGAAGACAGUACAAUAAUGAUCAAAAGGAUGUUUCAAGUUUCAGCUGGUGCUAGAUAAGGCCAAUAAGGGUGACCAAAUGAUCAUGAACUGGAAAAAACGGGAUACACCCAAGGAGGGUUCGAGGGGGGGGGGUAUACCCUCCAGCUUAAGUGGGGUCCAGGGGUCUCCACCGGAAACUGUUUUUUGAAAUAUGCUCAUUUUAACUAUGAGACCUAGAAAUCUUUUUAAAUUUACCUUCAGUUUUUUAAUUUGAUUUAAACUCUGAAGCAUAUCAUAAACAAAAACAAUAAUUUUGGGACACAGUCUUGUAUGCAUCGUCGGCAGAGUUGUGGGGGGGGGGGGAAAGGUGCAGCCAUCACCCGACCCCUAAUUUACCUUCAGUUUUUUAAUUUGAUUUAAACUCUGAAGCAUAUCAUAAACAAAAACAAUAAUUUUGGGACACAGUCUUGUAUGCAUCGUCGGCAGAGUUGUGGGGGGGGGGGAACAGUGCAGCCAUCACCCGAGCCCAUAUCACUACAGGACUACAGGCACUGGCCACAUAGCUAGCCAAAAUAUUAAUUGAAGUUAUAUUAUAAAUUAGGAAGUUUUAGUGAUUUGAAAAUGUGUACUGUUUUAGAAACGGGACAUUUACGGGAUGUUUGGUCACCCUCUAAGCUAGAUUGACUUCUUCAGCAGACAAUACAAAAGGAGAAACAAAAGAUAAUUAGAAACAUAACUAUAACUAAAACGUUCUUUUAAUUGUCCUGUAUUUUCAUUUCAGGCCUAAACAUAUCUUGUUUGGUAAAUUUUCUCUCUCUGGUGCUGGUACACCUGUUUCCCCAUUUAAAAGCCAAGAGUAAAAACUUAAUUUUAUAGGGAACUUAAAAAACUUGAAGGUAGAAAUACUUGAAAUAGGUUAACUUUACUGAUUAAUAACUUUCUUUAAAAAACUGUAAUGUAGGUACUUUGACACAAAAUUUAAAUAUUGUCUGAUUGCCAUGAAUGAUACAUCAUUUUAAAGGGCUAGUUGUAAGCUUUACAACAACACCAAUUUCAUCUUUCUAUCUUUUAUAGAAGUGGAGUUAUGAUUUUUUUAGUCAAAUUUUUUUGCCCCUUAUAUAAUCUAUAUAUUUUACCCCCAAAACGUGUGACCCAAAUUUCACAUUUCUGCAUAAUUUUGCCCACAACAUUUUUAUUUUUAAAGAUAAUUGCACCAAAUUUUCAGGUGACAUUCCUAAUCUAAUAACCAACACAACGAACAAUAUAAAUUUUACAUUACAUCAAGACUUUUUAUUUUGGAUAAUUUUAUUCCAGGUAUGUUGAGAAAAUCAUGUGUCAAAAAAUUUGGAAAAAUUAUUAAUUGUAAAGGCAAAAACAAAAGAAAUUACAUGUUGAUUGUAUUUAAACUAAAUUUAUGAUUCAGUUAUAUUGUAAAUAAAUUCUUAUCUUUAUAAAAGGUAAGUAGAAGUCUUUUUUACUACAAAAUUAAAUGCAUGAAAUUAUAAAAACUAUUCAAAUCAACCACCACGACACUAAUAUAUGAGCAUACAGGUAUGUGAUUAAAUUUUAAAAGGGAAUGGGGCUGUUCUGCCUAUUAUUUUCUAUGUAGACUCCUUUAAUGUAAAGUUUACAGACUUCUUGGUCUUGUUGAUGAAUCACAAAAUUUCUCCUUCAUAAACUUUGUCUUGAGACUUCUUCUUCUUAUAUUUGAGGGGCCCACGAUCAAUUUGUUGAUCAUUAUGGCUCCUGGCUUUAAUUCAGAGUUUUCCUUCUCUUAGAUGGGUUGCCGUCCAAGGCUAACGAGUCCCAUCCACCCGGGGUGCUGGGGAUGUUGGCUUUAAUGGGGAUUGAACUCCGGACCACUGGCGCCACUGCUAUUUGGUUUGAGACAGUUUAGACCGCUCGGCCACCCAGCACCCAUCUUAGCCAUCCUCGUCCAUAUAUGCCUUACUGUUGAUGGAAGUGGAAUAAAUUCCACAAAAAUCUUCUCUUCAACUUCAAUCGAAAAUUAAAAAUUUUCCCUUGUACCUGAAAGACGACUAAAAAUAACAUCUAAUCAUAAUCCUCAAUAUUCACAAUUUCUUGUUUCUUUUUGAUAAUAUUCAUUUUAUGUGGUGAUUAAAACUCAUUUCUUUUUUUUAAAUUUUAAUAUUAAAUUUAUUGUAAUUUGAUAUAUUAAAUAAUUGUUUAUGUAAACUGCUUUUCUAUGUCCUAAUUCUAAUUAAAAAAAAUUAUUUCUAUGAUGAUGAUGUAGUAUCAGAAUGCUAUAUUAACUUAACAAUAAUUUAAAAUUCAUAAUUAAAUUUAAAAAUUACUAACUUUAAUUAAAUUAGGCUUGCAACUGCAAAUGUGUUUUAAAUAUUAGUAUUUAUUAGCCUAAAUUUAGAUACUAGGCCUAAAUAGACUUAAUAGGAUUACCGAUAAAAUAGCAGUUAUUGUAUGCCUAAUUUUUGCAAUAUUCUCCCAUAUGAAUAGUAAUUUAUAAGAGAAUAACAAUUAUUUUAUUAUUACUAUUAUUUAACAAUUAAUUAUUCAUUUAAUAAUGAAGAACGGUGGUAGAACUAGAACGGAUAAAUUUGGUACCCGGUGAACAAAACUAUUUAAAUUUAACUGUAAUUAUGUAAUUUAUAAACUAAAAAGCAAUCCAUAGACCCAAAACUUUUCAAGUUUGGUUAAAAUCUUUCCUCAUUUAUAUUUUAAAAAAAGUAUUCAUUUAAAACGUAUUAGAAUUAUUCAGAUGAUUAGGGAUUAAACAAAAAAGGAUCACUGCAUAAUUGACAGUAAUAAUAGCAAUAUCCGGUAACUCGAUCGCAUAAAAUUAACUUUCGAUUCAGCGACAUUUUCAUACCCCCACCUACACUUUAGGGGGAGGCAUAACUUUUCAAGGAGAACGCCGAUUUUAAUCAUUUAAAUAUGUUAAUACUCACGAAUGAAUGUAGUUUCUAAAGCGCUAAACAUCUUUCUAAAUCCAUAAAUAACAAAAAAGUAUUAUGUGAUAAACUUACCGAAUGGUUACGAUGUUCCUGUCCGUGACACAAAAAAAAACAAAAAAACUCGUAUUAUAAAUCAAUAUAUCACCGGAACGCAAAAACUGAUACGUCACUGAUGAGGAAAGCAUUAUUUAAUAAACAAAGGUGACGUAGUAUGCAAUUUUCCAAAGAUACCGUGUGGCCGUACGCCAUAUUGUAGAACAUGUUUUUUCGACAUUUUAGGACAUGCGCAGAACGGUGCGUGAACAAGUAUUGUUAUCCCUACUGUAAUGAUAAACUUAAAAUGGGCAUUAAGUUAAUAUGUCAUCUUUGAUAUACCAUAAUACAAAAUUCAUGAAUGCAGAGCACGUCUGAGAUUGCCAGAAAUGAUGUCAUUUAAGAGGACCAUUUUAGGCUAUGCAUAUUGUCAUCAUGGCGUUUAUGUUUGUUGGCACAUUACCCAUUAUUAAUAGCGGAUAUGGGGUUGUUAAUAUAUUCAUUUAUUUUAGUUAUCCAGAAUAUAAAUGAGAAGGAUUUUUUUUAAAAAAUGUUUCGAUACAAUUUAAAAAAAAACAAAAAAAAACAUAAAUAAUUGAUCUUGGCUUAUCAGAGGUUUUAAUUUUGGGAUUCAUUGUCUGGAUUGAUAACCACUUCUGCUUCAUUUAAACAGGCCUACGUUCUGUUAUAAAGAAAAUGUGAGUCCUGAUUAAUCAUAUUAAGACGAUAUAAUUGUUUUAAUAAUGUACAUUUUAAAAAAGAACAAAUGAUCUUAGAUUAAGAAAUGAAUAAAUAUAAAUCCAAGUCAAUGCAGCUAAAUAUUUCACAAGUUAAUAACCAAUAGAAUUACUAAUAAUUCUUAACAGAUUCAUUUCCAAAUGUGUCGUCUAAAGAAAAUUAAAUUUCUUAGUUUACUGAAAUACUAAAACAAAUUGAAGGAAAUAAGCGAAACAAAAUACGGGAAAACUGAAAAAAAUGACCCAACAAUGCAAUCAAACUCCCUGCAAGACGCCAGGGAACCAACAUCAAUAUAAACAUAAUAUACAAUUAAAAAUAAACAUUUGAUUGCAAUGUUUAUGUAGUAUCUGAAGGGACAGCAAGAGGAAUGUGAUAGAACAUUAGUAGGUAAGAGAAUUAAUAAAGGCAAAAGGGGACAGAAGAGAGGAAACGUAUGUCCACUGUGAUUGGUCAUAACAAAGAGGGGCAGAGAAAAGGUUAUAAGUUAUAACCAAGUUAUUUCAAUAAUUUUAGUUUGCACAUUUAUUUUCUCUUUCAGAUGACUAAGCUCUUGUAUUAUAGUUGCCAAGGUUAUUGAAUAAACUAAGAAUCUACCAUGGCAGAUCAACAGCAACAGCAGCAACAACAACAAAGUUUGCAACCACAAAUACAGCAGCAAACCCAGGCUCCGCCUCAGGCACACCCAUCACAACAACAGCAAUCCCAGAGCCAAUCACAGCAACAGUUAACUCAACCUCAGCAGCAACAACUUCAACAACAAAUUCAGCAGCAGCAGCAGCAACCACGAGUGUCCAAUGUUGGAACUGUAUCCAUCCAAGGAAUGGUUGCUCCACAGGCUCCCACCCCUCAGCCCACACUGACAGCAUCCACAAAUGCAAUGCGAGCUCCCAGCACACCUAUGCCCCAGCUUCAGGUCAUUGGGGGUCAAUCUUACAUACCUCAGUUUCAACAGUACCAACCAUAUGUAUUGCAGAAUGCCAAUGCCUUAGGUAGGAUUCUUCUUAACAAUUUUAUUAUCCAUUUGAUUGAUACUGGUACUGAACAUGUAUUGGGCUUGAUGUGGUAGGGCUGGAGUGGGGUGGGUGGGUAUUGAAUACAAGCAUUAGAAACUAAAAAUUUAGGUGGAAGUUUAAAUUUAAGAUACUUAUAUUUUAAAUGAUUAUAUGGAGUGUGACAAAUGCUUCUAAACAUAUAGAAUUGAUCGAAUUAGAAGUUAAGCUAAAGCUGUUCAAAUCAUUUCACAAUUUCUUAUAAAAGAUACUCUCUUUUAAUCUUUUAUACAAUUUCUUUCAACUUUUUCAGUAAAUGUUUGUUGUUUAUUUUCACUAGUUUUCUAAUUUCCCCUUCUUUUUGUUGCCAAUGGACAAAGUCUAAAAAAAAUAUAAGGUUUUGUUUGAUCUUGUGAUUUUUUAAAAAGCUAAUAAUCUCUUGUAAUGAAGCGAAGGGCUUAGUUUUUAUAAAUGUGUUGCAAGGCAAGUUUAGGAUCACAAUUUUUUUUAGAAGAUUUUUUAUGCUGGCUGAGCCCAAAUCUCAAAACAUUUGUUCACUUAGUGAAUGUCUUUAUUUAUUCCCACCAGCAAUGCAGAUAUCUCAGUUAAAUUUUGCUAUGCAGCAACAGCAGCAGCAACAACAGCAGCAGCAGCAACAGCAGCAGCAACAACAACAACAAAGAGCUGCAACCAGUGCUAAUCCUGGAAGCCCUGGAGGAAUUCUGUCUCCUACUGCUGCAUCCCAAAUGGUGAGAGUUUUAGACUAUAUUUUAAUGUAUAUUCCUAUUAUGCUUCUCUUAGUUGGAGCACCUCAGGUAUGGAAACAUUGAAAAAAAAAAGCAAUUGUCACAAAUAAAUUUUAGGAAUUUUGUUAUUAUAGAAUACUUAUGAAUGUCUGAUGCACGUAGAAUUUAAACAAUACCUAUAAAAUAAGAAGGGUUUUCUCUAUGUGAAAUUCACAGAUAGGAAUAAUUUUAAGACAUUUAUGCUAUAAUCAUACUUUUUCUCUCUAAAUUUUGAGGAUUGUUCAUUGUGGUAAUUGAUUAAGGAUAGAAACUCAAAUAUCCUUUCAGUGUUCACUUUUUAAGCUGUUAACAUGAAACCUGUAUCCAGGCAGUACCAUUGAGGAAAAAUUACAAAAAAAAGCUAACACAAAUUUUGGCUAAUUUUUCCCCCAUUUUAAAUUAGAUUUUCUCUUUUCUAUGACUUUAACUGUCAAAAUUCAAAAUUCAGUUAGAUAAAUAACAACUUUUUUCUCUCAUAAGUUUUCACAUAGUAUCUAUGACAGCAUCAAAAACAAUUGCUGUGUUAUCGUGACUUAAUAACAGAUAACUAGUGCAUCAGAUCUGUCCGACAUUUUCCACUAUUUCCCCACACAUUACACAUUUUUCCUAUGUUCAGAUUAACUUUGAUUCUGCGCUAAGACGUGCGCACGCAGAAUCUCAAGGAAUGUUACCUGUAAGUAGAAACUAGUCAAGAGCUUUGCCUGAACUGGUGUUUAUGCUUCAUCAAAUAUCUAAUCAACUCAACAGCAUUGCUUUGUUAACAAGUAGACUUUUUUAUCACUUGAUCCAAAGCUCAAGAUAAUGAUAUCGAUGCUUUUUGUAUAUUAUUAUAUUGUGGCUGACUAAUAUUCUAUGGACUUGUAUUUCAGUACAACACUACUAAAUUGUGAUGGUUUCUGUCAACUUAAACCACAAAAAAACAAAACAAGUUUUUAAUUUUGUUUGCCUUUUAUGUAACAUACCUGUUCAGUAACCAACUAAAUGUUUUUAUUAAUAAAAAUACUUACGACCAAAAAGCCAUUUAAACACCUUUUUUUUUAAAUGUUUGGUAAAAUCUACUACAUAAAGCUCAGUGUGACUAUGUUUGUAUUUUAUUUUAAUUUUCUACCGUACUUUGCAAUGGGUUGCAUACAAAUUUGACCUGGGCAUACCUCCUGACCUACAUGUGGUUCCUGGAAAGUUGCGUCAAAAUCCCUUUACACGAAAAGCUGUAAUUAAAAAUUUUUUUAAAAUGUAUAGAGUAAAGAAUAAAAAUUAUUCUUAAACAACUUGAGAAAGCGCUCUAUAAAAAUCUGAUUCGUUCAAGAUAAUCUAUUUGUGGUGUUGGCUCAAUUCAGAGUUUUCCUUCAUAUAGAUGAGUUGCCAUCAAAGGAUAAUGAGUUCCAUCCAACCGGGGAGCUGGUGAUGUUUUUGCUUUUCUAGUCUUUGGUAGGGAGUGAACUCCAUACCACAAGCUUUUGGGAUUGGCUCUGUUUAGACAGCUCGGCUCCCACAGACCCUAGGGUUUGAACAUUAGAGUAGAAUUAUCACAUAGUUGUGGGAUGUGCGUAAAGGGUGCUUUGUUGUACCGAGGGGGAUUAUUUUAGUAAUUUUUAUUACCAAUUUUACUUAGUAGGUAUGUGUGGGGAAGAGAGAUUCACAAGUUGUGAUUUAUCCUUCAAUCAGCAUUAAGUCAAACUACACCGCAGAAUGGUUGGGACAUUUUAUGAGUAUAACAAUGUCUAAUAGGCAAAAAUUUUUUACAUUCAGAACCAUUUCAGUCUAUACAUAUUUGAUUUUCCUUUUCAAAGACUUUGCAUCAUAAUUUUUUUGUUUACAUACAUGACCCUCCCUUUUGUUGGUUCACUGUCUGUCUUGUGCUGACCUGAAAGGUUUUCUGAAUCGAUGACUCAGAGUUACAGCUCUGGUGUGCUGGUUUAAGGGAGGUGGGUUUGACACAGAGUUACAGCUCUGGUGUGCUGGUUUGAGGGAGGUGGGUUUGGGAUGGUGACUGACAGGGACACAAGAACAAAUCCACAAACCUACCCCUUGCUUACAAUAACCAUUGGUUCUAACUGUAGGCAUUUGAGAUUGGAUGGGUGUGUUGGGGAAGGGCAAAUCAAAAUGGAUCAACGGACGGCAAGCAGCCAUUAAAUUCACUAAAAAGUAGGAAAUAAUUUCUUUGAAUUGUCUUUUUCCAAAUUUAAAUUCUUUUGCUACAUAGUGCUCUGAUUUUAGAUAGCAAAGGCCAUAAGGAAGACCAUUACGAUGAAGCUAGUAUAUUAUAUUCUUAUAAUAUUUAAUGUUGUUAUCAUGUACUCAGCUACACACAUUUAACCAAUGCUAAAAGUAUACAUUUCUUUGAGGGAAUUUAUUCUUUAUAAACUAGUCUGUUGUAUGACUUGAUUUUUCAUAAACUAGUCUGUUCUAUAGAACAGAGCUCCGCAACUGGUAUGCUUCUGCUGACUGGUGUGCCGCAACACUAAGUCAGGUGUGCUGCGAUCAACUUCCUCCAGGAGGAUGAAAAACGUGACGAGGACACAAAUUUGUUAAAACAAAGGGAUAAUGAUUGUCUAAAUAACAAGCUGUCAAAGGUGUAAAGUCAAGUAGCACAGCACAUCUGUAUGUUUUAAUUUUGCGGUUCACAGGAUAAGUCACCUUCUCAAUCAUUCUGUCAGUGUGUCUGUAGUCGGAAGCCACCUUAGACUAGGUGAUGUGUACUGGCUGUUUACAUUUUUUUGUACACAACCUAUCGCCAGCAAAUGAAAACAAACCCGACAAAACAAAGCCCCAUCCAGUCUGUGGAAAAGUGUUUCAUCUCAUUUAUUGAUGCAGUCAGGCCCGCGCAAAAAAUAUUGUCUUUGUUUUAUUAUCAUUUUUGUGUGGCUAGUUUGGUUUUUGGCAUUGAAAUUUAUAUGGUAGCUUUACACGUGAAUGUCUCAAGUACCUAAGUUAGUUAUCGCUGCCUUUGUUUGUAUCAAAAGACUAAUUCAACAGUGUGUUUGAAUGGGCUGGUCUCUUUGUAUUCAAUCAUUCGGUAUACAUGGAACAUACAGAGUUUUUUAAAAUCAAUUAUAAAAUGACCCCUUUCAACACGGUUACACGCAACUUGUGUGAUAAGUCAAAUAUUGUGAAAGUACAGUGCAAAGUUUGCUAUAUCCAGUAGAGAUUUUGGAAGAUUAGUGAAGAUCUGGCUUCCAAACCUGAGUGUAUAAUUUGAAAAUGAACAAGUUACCAACGAAGCUAUUGUUCCUAGCAAACUUAUUCAAGUGAAAAUCUUAAUCUAAGGCAAACAAUAGGUUAAUCUCUGAACUUUUCUGAUAAGUGUUAGGAGAUAGUCAUAAAGUUUAUAGAUAAAUAUCAUGUCAGAAAAAAACCCACACAUGCUAUUGGUUUUAAUUUUAAAAAUCAAUAGACGGUCAUGCUUAAAAGAAAUUUAUGGUGAACUUGGAGUUGGUUGGUAAUGAGCCAAAGAUGAAACAAUUAUUUUCAGCAAACCAGGCUCAAACGUCUCAUUGUUAUUGUUAAAAUAAAGCUUUUUGAUAUUGGUAUGCAGUUUUUUUUUAAUUUUAUAGUUACCCUUUAUGUUCUAUUGAUAUUGGGGCUUAAAUAGCAAAGGCUAUUUUUUUAUUUGGUACAAAAAAUCUACUUGCUCAUGUUAAUUCCACAUCUAGAAAAAAUUAAAGAAAAACAACCCUAAACUGCAGGUACAAAUAUAAACAUUGCAUCGGUUGUUUUUUCCCCUUGUUUUAAUUUCGGUGAGCAGAGAAAAAUCUGGAAGGGGCCCAGGUGUGCCGUGGGUGAAAAAAUGUUGCGGAGCACUGGUAUAGAAUAAAAAAAAAAGUCAUACAUCAGCUUUAGUUUCCACUCUGCUUGAGCUGAGUUUUUUAAUUCCUAAGAAUUCCACAUCUUAAUUUGUUAUUAUUCUAAACAAUUUUUUAAAAAAGUUCAUUAUUUGAGUUAUUAUUUUAAAAAAAAAGAAAUUAAUCCCUUAAUAAAUAAAAUAUAUAUUGAUUUUUUAAAUAUUUGAUCUGUUGCUAAAUUAAUAAUUUAAUUAAUUAAAAAAAAAUAGAACUAUUGGACUGGUCAGUGUCAUUUUUUGAAAUGAUCACAUCUUUUUUUCUAGAGAAUCCGCUUUACUCUCUGUGAUUUAAAAAAAAAAAACCAACAACUUUAAUUCAUAUUUUAUUUUUUCCCAAUCCUCACAAUUUAAAAUAACUUUGUUUAAUGAGAAAUUAAAAAUCAAAUAAAUUCCAAGCCUGUACUAAUAAUUAUUGUUUACACCGUGGUCUGCAGCUGACCUUGGAUUGCAUCAAGGCACAUGUUUAAUAAGUGGUCACUAACUCGACGUCAACCUGGGUAUAUUCUCCUAGUAAAGGGAGACCUUUAGAGACAAGAUGAGCAUAUCCAAGUGUGAUUAGCUCUCUUGAUAAUUAACUUAGUACAAGAUGGCUCAUUCACUAGCUAGCAGAAUUAGUAGUCAAAUUAAAGUACUUUUGAAUGUCAUUUUAUUCCAGGUACUUAGAUAUAGCUAGUGUUAGAUUUUUAUUCAUUUCUUUGUAUGUAGAUUUUCUGUCUCUAUUCAUGUUUCAUUCCAUAUAAUAAAGCACCUUUACAUCAAGCACCGAUUGUCUUCAUUUUAGCCAGUAGCGUCUAAAAUUUACCUUGGUUAACACCCUUUUAAUUACCCUCUAUAUGAUGAAUUUGUUCAACUUCCUUGAACACCCCAAGGGUACUAAUUAUUUCCAAUUUGCUAUUUUUUAUACAGGUUUUUAAUUAGAAUAUAUUUACCCCAAUUCCAAUUACCAUUUUUUUCUUCUUAAUCAUGAUGAAAACAUAAGUUAUCAUAUUAUAUUUCAGCCUCCUCACAUGUCCUUGGGCAAUGGAAACAAUCUCAUCUCAAACACAAUGCAAGGGAUGCUAACCCAAGGGACAGUAGGGAACGGAAAUGCAAAAGGGCAAGGAAACGGUAACAAGGGUCAGAAUGUCCAAGGCCAAGGUCAGAAUACGGCAACCAUAGCAUCUAUGGUGGCGAAGACACAGACCGUGUUACCAGCUCAGCAGACGGCUACUGCUCCCAUGGUUCUAGGCCAGAUAGGAGUAUUCUCAAGCCAAGCAAAUGCGAAUUUGGCCAACAAUUUUGUCCCUCAGGUAAACUUGUUUAAAAAGAAUAAAAUUGGAGUUUGCUGAUGAUCGUUAAUUUUUUUAAAAAUCUGAAAACUAGAAAUACUCUUUAUUUUAUGUUAACUAGAUUGUAAUCAAUGUUAGUAGAAAUACUUUUUGCAAAGUUAGUCAUUAAAAAGUCAAAAUUAUAUAAAAUAGUAUUAUUAUCAUGAGUUUUGUCUUAAAAACUUAUGAAUAUUCUUAUAUUUGAAACUGAGUAAACUUAAUGCUAAGGAAUUAGGAACAUCUUGUCUAUGGUAUUUACAGUUGGUUGGCAUCUACCUACACAAAGCAGCAAUCAAUGGUUGAAGAACGCUCAUGCAUCUGUUUAAUACAAGGUGCUUUCUAUUUAUGUCUAGCAAUGUACUGUGAGCACCCACCAAGGUGGAAUUCGGCUGAACCAAACCCAGAUGGUAAAUAGUGCCGGCCAGAUCAUCACAUCUCAGCCCAUGCAGAACAUCUUGACCAGUCAGGCGAUCAUGCAGGCCAUGGCCAACCUGCAGAUGCAGCAGGGAAUUCCCAUAGCUGCGGCCACGGGCCAUCAACAGAUCAUCAACCAGGGACAGUCCCAAAUGCCAGUGAGUAGAUGCAUUUAUCAAUACAAUAAAUAGACUAAUGUUUAGAUGCAUGUAUCAACAUACUUUGACAAACACUGAUGAAAAGAUGCAUGCAUCAACAUUGCAUACAAUAAAUAGAAUAUUGAUUAGAUGCAUGUAUCAACAUACAUUAAAUAGCAAUGAUGAAUAGUUGUAAGAAUUUGUUGUUUAAAUCACAGAUAAUAGAAGACUAAAAGUUACCACAAGAUUCUACUUAAGCUUCUUGAUAAAAUCACCAGUUUCAAUAUAUUAUGUAUAUGCACUGACAUAUUUUAAAUAAAUAGAAUGAGAAUCCUUGGUUAAAGCCAUCAGCAAAAGCAUGCGUCUAACAAGUGGUUGGGUUUAUUUGACAGGCUAUUUUUGCAGCAGGACAGAAUUUUCUCAUACGUGCCCCUGGUCCCAUCCAACAACAGCCUAUAACUAUGGCCAGCAUGCAGGCGUUUGCUGGAAUGAAACCACAACAGCAACAACAGCAGCAGGUACAACAGCAGCAAUCGGGGAAGGUAACAUAUUUUACUUGGUUAUUCCUAGUCUUUUUAUAUGCAGCAGGCUGGUGGGUGCAAAUACUGACACUAUAAAAUGGAAAUAUUGACAGUUUGAUAUCGGUAUAGAAAAUGCUUGACAAAUGAAAAUCUUAUUUCUGUGUAAGAUACACAAGCUAUUAAAAUUAUUUAACUCAUUCCCUCCGGCAGCGCUGCUUCCGGACUUAAUUUAUUUUCCUGAGAAAAGGGAAGCAACUCAGUUUUGAAAUUGAUUUAUAUUUUUAAAAUAUUUUUUUAAGUUGCUAAAUAUUCUUUAAUGUUAAUGAAUUAAGAACAAAUGCAACAAAAAAUGAAUAAGGUUUAAUAUAAAUAUAACAUUAGCGGGGAAAAAAUAACGUACAAUGGCCAAAAAAAUCGAUUUUGGGCACCUCGGACGAACACAUGCUACAUAUAGACGCGCCGUACUAAAGCACACAUAGUUUUAAAGUGAAACAAGAUAAAAACUUCCGGUUUCUAAAUUAAAAUCACGCAGAAAUCACGCCAUAGCCGGAAGUCUCGAGGGACGCGAGAUUUCAUUGCUAUUUUUAACUAAAAAUAAGAGAGGUGUGUCGCUAUGCGCCGGGACGCAUCAGGAGAAACCCCCCAAGGACGCAUUUAGUCGCAACCGUCGGGAAUGAGUUAAGGAAUGGAUACAUAUAAGAGGAUAGCUUGAUACAUAUUAGAGGAUUAAUGGAUACACAUUAGGAAUAAAAGGACACCGUAAAGGGGGAGAACAAAAAAAAAGAUGUUUUUUCUUCGGCAAACUGAUUAAAGAUUGAAAUAAUCCCAUUUUAAACUUAUUUUUUUUCAAAAAAAUUUUGUGUGUUCUUUAGUUAAUUCCAUUUGAUUUCUCCAGCAAACACCCUCAGGGAAAGUUAUGCUGCCAUCAGUACCUCGCACUCCAGUGACGGCCAAAAUUCAGCCCAACGUAUCCCAGCCAGCCAAGCUGAGUGUCCCAGCAACACCAAGAACAUCAAAGUCUCGUCCCAAAUCCCAGUCAAAGCCGGCCACCUCCACCAUUGUGUCUCCUUCUACCACAACCAUGAAGUCCCCGAUGGCCGCCACUGGCGUCACAACCAUGUCGUCAUCCACGGUGACCACCGUGACCACGGCGGCCGCAGUCUCUGUACCACACCAGGUGGUGGUGUCGACGGCAGUUAUUGCCACAUCAUCUGCGCCCGCCGUCGCCGCUCAAGUUGAAGUCAUUGAAGCUCACCCGCAUCCUCCACUAUCAUCUCCAGUCUCCCAAAGUUUGGUUCAGAUUCCUUCUGUCAAAGCUGGUCCUGAACCAGAGGUGAGGUUUGUUCAGUUAAACAAUCAUAGAAGGCUUUUAGAGCUUCAGGUGAGCCCGAGAAGGCUGAGAGCUAUGGAACAGACCUGUUUACUCUUGCGAUUUUGGCGUACAGUGUACAAUUUUAGGUAUACAUUAUAUUUAAUGUAUGUUUAUUUUUCUUACUAUUAAGAUAAUGUAUUGAAUGAUUUUGUGUUGAUAUUGUAUGGUUUUAAGAGUUUGAGGGUAAACAGGUCUGAUGGAAUGAAACAGAUGUAAGCUGUAUGAAUUUUUUUGGCUAUGUGAAUCAUUCAUUUAUACCGCCAGUAACAGCAGGCAACACUGUCCUAACUUGUCUGUAUGGGUGACUGGGAUGCACAGUCAGUAAGACAUAAGUAUGCUGAAGGUCUGGCGUUUUCUAACUUCAUCAGCACCAAAAGUCCACACCAGCUUUUCUCACAUGUGGGAUAAAUGGACUAACUGGUUCUAACCAAAGCAAACAUUUACAAAUCAAAAGUGCUGUAAUAUGUACAGGAAAAAAUCUACAACUUUGAGAAAAGCAAAAACAAGAAAAUAAUAAUUGUUAAAAUUAUUUUCGAGUAAACUUUCCCAGCUGAUGAAAUAUUCAGUUACAUUCAAUUCUGUGAAUUAGAAAAAAAAAACAAAGAAAAAUGUGCAUAAAAUUUUCAGUACCUUGUCUUAGACUUAAUUUGUUUUUUUCCAUCUUUGUUUUAGUCUGAGUCUGGAAAAGUACAGACCACAUGCACAACAGUUGAGUCUUCUCUCAAAGAAAAGAUCAAAGCCACCGUGGCAUCCUCCUCUUCCACUGUCACAACCAGCAUUUCCACUUUGACUGUCACCAAAAACAUUGCUAGCACCAGCUCUGGGGUUAUGUCACCCAGAAUGACAUCCCCUGUGAAGUCUCCUCCAGAGGUGAAAAUAAUGACAAUAGACAACAUCGUGUUGGAAGAAAAACCAAUUUUACCUGAACUGAUGAAAACACAAGGAGCUGUCAUUGACCCUGCGGCUUUAGAGGCUGCAGGCUUGACGACACUCAUCAAAGAGACCAAACCAGUGACGAUGGUGGAGCCGUCCCUCCAUCUUCCUGUCAUUGAAAAGCAGCGAGCCAUAGUGAAACCACAUAUUAUAACACAUUUCAUCGAGGGAUUUAUCAUUCAGGAAGGUCGAGAACCUUUUCCAGUAAGUACACACUACAAGAGUUAACGGUUAAUUUUUAAAAACCAUCUUCAUGUCUCCAUCUGAGAACCUCUGACUUGAGGAGAUGAGUGAGAGACUCUUUUGGUUGAACCUUUCAUAUCUUCGUAUGAGAACCUCUGACUUCAGGUGAGUGAGAGACACUCAUCACCCAAAAAGUGAUGUUUGAAGUCUUGUGUUUGUUAUGUUCUGUUUGAGGUCUUUCUCCCGAACUACAAUGUUUAUUCUUCUUUCUAUUACUAAAACAUAAUAUUAUAUUCCAGUGAAUACUAUGUCUAUGGAAAUAUUUUUUUUUCCAGCUGGGUCGCUCACAAUUGUAUUCCCUUUUUCUUUACUGUUGAUGAAAAAGCUCAUGAUCUUAACAGGUUCAGCAGUCUUCCCUACUCCAAGAAUUUAUACCACCUAAAGCCAGUCUUCAAAUUGUCAAAGAAUCUGAGGAAGAAGUGACAAGCUAUGAUGACGAACCCCCAACUUUACUUAGUCAAGUUGACGGUAAGAGUUCUUCAUUAUGGUUUGAUGCACUUUGGGCAUUGAUGGAAAGCCAUUUUAAAAAACCUAUCUUGUCACUAGUCUUGCAAAACUACUUUUUGAAGAAAAAGGCUGGAAAAUAUUUUGCAAAGAUUUCACCAUGAUACUGUACAUUGAUAAACUCACAUACGGUAAAUAUUUAAUUAUAAACUAGGUUUACUGUCAUGGACAAACAUAAGGUAAAUAUAUUAAAAUAUCUGAUUCUUGAGUCAUCUACAUCCUCAGUAUCUACGUCGGCAGUAAUCUCUCUACUAAUUCAAUAUUAAUUAACAAUUCUCUAACCAUGUUUGUACCCCAGCCCACCUGUCCACUCACCUGUCCAGCCAUCUACCUCAACACGCGGAUGAUCAGCAACAGCAGAAAUCCCCAGUUAAGCUACUUAAAUGUGAGUUGUGCCAGAAGGUUGGACCAGCUUCCACAUUCAAUAAUUCAGGAAGGUUUUGUUCUCUCUCUUGCUCAAGACGGCACAAUGUGAGCCAUACUAGGCGUGUUGGCUUAUACAAGUCCAGAGGUGGGUUCACCAUUCAUCUUCUCUAUUCUAUGUCCGUGGUGUAUGUCUCUUUCAUUUUGUUCAUUGUCAAACUUAACAAACUUCCUUACAUCUCGGAGAGCUAGAAUACUAGCUAGAGCUAGUCCUGGGUGACAUUUAAAUACUUAAGUAAUUGAUAGAUCCUCAAAUGGCAAGUCCUUCAGAAAUGUCAAAAUUUUUGUGUACAAUGAAAAUGGAGAAAUUUUACUUUCAUUAAAAUAUUUGCUUGAUGAUUAAAGGAAAUAAAAGGUUUGACCCCCCAAAAAACAUGAUGAAUAAAGCAAAAAAAAGGUUUGACCCCAAAAAAACCAUAUAUUUGAGCUUGCUUUCUUCAAUUAAGUCCAUUGUGUAUUAAUGGAGGCUGUUGGUUGUGUUCUUCCUUUCAUUACUUAAAACUAAUUCUAAUUUUAUUGGUGUUUUAAAUUUUUAUUUAACAAAUCUGUGAUCAGGUACAACAAGAAAGAGGAAGCAUAUACUUGGCCGCAAGAACUGGCGAGUGGCCAAAGGUGGCAGACUCACCUAUGGCAUAGCAUCAAAUAAUAAUAAAAAUAGUCAUGACAACAAUGAAGACAGCAACACAGCAGUAAGUGAAUUAAUUCUGUGACUUGUUGAUGAUAUCCAUGAGUGGUUCUCAAAGUGGGUGGUAUCACAUUUCUUUGUUGUAGUUCGGGGCACUUACAUUUACAUUAGUUUUAGGGGGACGAUGGAAAAAGAUAUCAGUAGUAAGUAUUUUUAUUUGAAAGUCAUAAAUUUGAAUCUGCCACAGUUGUUCUCAUAGAAAAUUUUAAAUGGAUCCUACUCCAACUCACAGGAAUUUUUAAAAAUGGAAAGUCACAUUUUUUAAAACAUGGUUUCUCUUUGACCACUCUCAGCCUGUUGGUGAUGAGAUGAGCAGCUCUAACAGUGCACAAGAUACCAGCUCAUCAGCUGCGUCACCGUCCAGAUCGCAGGACUUUGAGAUGGAUGUUGAUGCCAACCUUCCAAGAACCGACCCGGGCAAAUGGACAGUGAGUACAUUAAAGUCUUGAUUUUACCAGAUAAACUUAUUUAUUGUCUGGUUAUAAAAUUUUCAAGGGUAUUUAUCAAUGAAAUGUUUUUUAUAAAAAUAUAUGACUGAGCCCUUUUAUGGAAAGAAAAAUGUAAAAUAAAAAAAAUUCAUAUAUUUAUAAUGCCCGUCUUUGCCCACAUAUGAUUUCAGUUAUCCCAUGUUAAAUGUGAACAAGUAAUAAGUAAUCCCAUGUUGACUCCUGCUGAUAUUCCCAUGAACAGGUGACUGAGGUGUAUGACUUCAUCCAAUCCAUGCCUGGAUGCCGUGAGUAUGCUGAAGAGUUUCGCUCUCAGGAAAUUGACGGUCAGGCUCUGCUCCUGCUAAAAGAAGACCACUUGAUGACGGCCAUGAACAUCAAACUGGGACCUGCCCUGAAAAUAUGCUCUAAGAUCAACUCUCUCAAAUCUGAGGCAGUGCCCACAUAGAGGGGCCUAGAAUUGGCGUCCUGCUACUCGUCCUUGGCUCUCUUCCGGCAAUAUGGAGAACAAAAAUAAUGGCCGUUGAGAUAUUGUCUUUUAAAAGUUUUGUGCUGCGUUACAGAUCAAUUCUAAAGUUUAUGGAGGAAUGUUAAAAAAAUGCAUUGACUUUUAUAAAUUUAUAAGGAUCUAAAAAAAAAGCAUAAACAUACAACGUAUCCAAUCCAACUAACCAAUGUUGUUGGUAUUUUAAGUUGUUUUAAAAACCAAUAAACACCUGAUAGUCAUACACAGAAUGAAACCAAAGCCUUUGCAAAAUACUCUGACACUGAGAAGGCAAGGAAUCUAUCAUGGGUAUGGAAAUGCACUACUAUUGAAAUUGUGCUAAAUGAAUCUCAGCAACAAAUAGUUGAUCUCUGUGUCCUGAGACUUGCAUGCCAAAUUUUAGAGCAAAGGAGCCCCUUCCUUUAGCUACACCUCUGCCAAGAACCAGAGAUUCAUAAUGUCCAUAGGAGUAUAUAUGGUAAAUUGUUCAUUUAACCUAUACAUCCUUAGAGGUUUUACUUUCCUUUGGCUCUGACUGUCAAGAUAUCUCUGAGCAUUGAUUUGGCAUCCCUGACCAGGUUUUAUAGCCACAUAUUUGUCUACCAAAUUUUAAGGCCAGUUUUAAGUUCAGCUCAUCUCUUCUGAAUUGAUAAAGUUUUCUUGUUUUUUUAUGUUAUCACUUCCUCUCUCGAUCUCUCUUUAUCUCUUCUCCCCCCCCUUUCCGCCAAUGUAUUUGUUGUAUAUUUCAGGCACAAGGCUUGAUUUGUACUUGUAUAAUAAAGUUCUUGUAUAAGAAGUUAGUACAGUUUUCCUUACUGAGCAAGUCCAUUGAAGGAUCAGUGAGCUUGUAUGUUCAACUAUGUGGUUCUAUGUUGUAUUACUGGUGUUGAUCUGCUGAAUGUUGUGAGUUGAUGGUUGUUUUAUUACUUUACGUAUUGAUCUCUGUGCCAGGUUGGACCUGGCUUGACAAAUAAUGGUCCAUGUCAUGCUGAGCAAGGUGCUCCAAUGUCAAUUUAAUAUUUGCAGCAAUAUCAGUUAAGAUGCUGGUUGUGUUCCUGGACAAAAGAAAUAUGAUAUUCUCAUUUAGCCGCUUAUGGAAAAGUGACCCCCAUUCAUUGUGCACUAUUAUCUAACUGUAACUUAAUUAAAGAUGGACUUUCAUAAAUACUAAACGGCGGUUGGCUCCUAUUAUCUUUGGUAAUUAUACUCUAUUAAAAAAUGUCAAAUUUAAACGAAUUGCUUUUUUAUUGGCUAUUUUUUUUUUCACCUUGAUAAUUAUAAUUUACAGAAUGUUUUUUUGUUUUGUUUUUUUUUUACACUGGCUUAAAGUUUGACAACAAUGAAUGUGUGAAAUAUUUGUGGUAAUUAGUUUUCAAUGACC